UGUAACGCGAGGAUGGAUAGUACCACCGGGGUCUGCUGAGAGCCAUGUUGGAUAUGAAUGAAACGGAGAGAUGCUGCACACCUGACACCGAAAACCCGAGUUCUACCGAACACAACGAGUAAAUGCCAACUUCCCGGGCCCACGGAGAGACGGUGGAGCGCGGGGGAAGUUGUCGGGUGGUGCCGCUGUUACUGGCGACCUAGCCGGCGACGGGAGAGAGAGACGCAUUCGAAGAGAGAGGGAGGAGAGAAAGAGAGAGGGGUGAGAGGGAGAAAGGGGGAGAGGAGAAAGGAUCUUACCAGACUAAUGGCUGCAUUGCUACUGGGUUCCAGCCUGCUCUCGCCACUUCUUCUCCACCUGCUCCUCAGCCCUUUGUUAGCGGUUACCCCCGGGAAGGUAGCAGGGCGCUGCCCUGAGACUCCGAGCAAUCCCGGGGAAGCUGGGGUCUUAGCGAGCAGCAACGGCUCGGUGAUCCCCCUCAGGUGGACGCUACAACAGCUUCCAUCUGGAACAAAAUGCCCGGUGUGGAGUCCUUUUAUAUGGCCCCGACCACACGGAUACACUUUUGGACCCUGGUGCACGGAAAGAGGGGAUGCGAGAGUGCUGUGGAAUGGAGGCAGCCAUCCCCACCCUGCAGGUAGGAGCAGGAGCAACGGUAGAGAGAGGGGCGUUGUUUCACCUGUUUUCUCUUCCUGGGUUCAGAAUCACAAAAAGCGAUUUGUACAAAGGACUAGAGUGUGCGCUCGGUCACCACCCUGUCUGCCUUUCGCCAAACCCAACACCAGGAGAGUCUUUGUGUGCGGCCGGAGAUCUAAGAACGCAGCGUUGGAAAUUGCUAAUGAUGUUAGAUGGGCUUUGAAAAGAAGUCCAAGGCCCCUCCACCUGCCACUUCACCCACCACAGCACAUUUCUGAAACCGAGCAACCACCUAUAUCGCUACGAUGGGGCGCUUCUCACUUUCAUUUCGGCGAGAUGUCCACCGGUGAUUGUGCUAAUUUGGACAGUCACAAUGUUAUCGAUCUCACCGGCGAUGGUUGUAAUGGCGUGUUGACUAUGGCCAUUGGGAGGACGGGGAGGAGCGGGUCGCAAGGCCCCAACCAACGCUAUCUCACCUCAGCGACCGCAGUGAACGCGGCCAGAUGUUACCACUGCCCAGGGAUUACCAAAUGGUCCAUGGCCCUUACAGGUUGUUGCUGCUGCAGGCGCAACCGAAACUGGCUUUCCGCUAGCUCCAGUCAUUUGCAUGCCAUGGGUGUGGGCAGAAUGAGGAAUGGAGAGAAGGUACAUGGCAAUAAUCACGUAAUGAAAAAUGAUACCAAUGAUGAUUUGGCCUCUAAUCUAGCAACCCAGCCUCAAGAGCUGACGGCUCCACCACAGAGGACACCAGUAUUAGCGGGAAGAGAACAGAGCACUCAACCCCGGGUAAAACAUAAGGGGUUACCCUGUGGGUCUCCCCGCGGAAGGAGGUGUUGUGGUUUGCAACGGAUAGAUGUGGGUGUAGGACAUUCGGCCGACGUAAUAGGUCCCAGGGGAAGCAUAGCAGUGAGUAAUGUCUACAUGCAAUUUCCCCCCACCGUACAUAUCACGAAGAGGCCUAGUCUCUGUUUUCCAUCUAACGGAACCGUUAAUGAAAACAAAAAGUCACUUAGUUUUACUAGCUCGUUAUCCAUAUUCCAUGAGCACAUACAAACAGCGGAACUCUUUGCUCGGGGUGUUCCUUAUCUUCAGUCUGAAUCAAACAGUGAGUCAGCUAUCAUCACGCCUGCAAUGUCUUCUAUCACCGCUCUCAGCAUAUCCGUCUCCUCACUUGUUGGUGAAAUUAAGCCUGCAGUUAUUCACAGAGAUCUUGUUACCAAAUUCCCCACGUCAUUCUCCAAGGAGCUCAACCUGACAAAACGGGAUGAUGACUCAGACCAACAUUCCCGGCCAUCCGCUCUCAACAAUGCGCCUUCCCGUAAGGGUUCAGCUCCACAGGCACAAUGGACAGCUCCCAUGAAAACCUCUACCCAGAAUGCCUCAAGUAAACACACAUUUUCGGCUAAUCAAUUUCAGAUAUUAUAUUCUGGGAAUGUUGACAAUGUUAAUAAUAAUAACAACAUUCGAAAUUACAAUACAAAUUACAACAGUAAGGAAGAUGAAGAGAACAAACAGGAGAAUAUUCAGAAGAAUGAGGAAAGUAACAAUGCAUUAGGUAGACAGGUGUCAGCAAAUCUAAACCGACCCUGCUUGCGAACACAGCAGGCGUUGGUCCAGGAAGAGUUCCCCCAUGAGGCCUGUGUUGACAGUCGCUCUGGUAACAGCUUAACUACUGUCCAGGGGCGAAAGGGCCCGCAAUUAAAAUCUGGUGAACUGUUUCCAUUACAACAAAAAAGUGUCAGUCAGCGAGAGAGACAUACAAGGACCGAGCUGGAGAAAGGGUCUGGGGGAGGCGAAAUACAGGUGGGGGAGGGGGAGAGGCCAGCCAGUGAGGCAUGGAGGGAGGAAGUGGUGGAGUCAGAGGAAAUAACAAAGAGAGCGACAGCUCAGGCAGAUGCCACUGUAGAGGGAGGGAAGGGUCAGGAGAGGGCCAGCCACACACAGAGACAGAGUGGAGCAGGAGGAAUUGAAGGGGACGAGAACAAAGAGUGGCAGAAAGAUGAAAGCUCUCAGGGAGAAGAAGAGGAAAAGCGCAGUUCAAGGGGAGAGAGAAGUCUGGAAAAGCAGAUAGUGGAAGAGGGAGGUGAAGAGGACAGAGAGAAAGAGAUUUUGAUUUUGGGGCGUCCCCGCCGUGCUGCCAACAGACACCCGCACUUCUCCCAAUACAACUUUCAGGUGCAAGUAGCGGAGAACCAGCCCCCAGGCACCUCAGUCAUAGCCAUGUCAGCCACAGACCCAGACGCAGGUGACACAGGCCGGCUUAGCUACACAAUGGCGCCACUCAUGAACAGCAGAUCCACAGACUACUUCUACAUCGACCCCAACACCGGCCUCAUCACCACUUCCCAAGUGCUGGACAGGGAACACAUGGACCUGCACUACUUCCGGGUUACAGCAUCAGACCACGGCUCUCCAAGACUCUCUGGUACCACCAUGGUGGCCAUCACCGUGGCCGACCGCAACGACCACUUGCCCAUCUUUGAGCACACAGAGUACAGGGAGACCAUCCGGGAGAAUGUGGAAGAGGGCUUUCCCAUCCUGCAGCUAAGAGCCACUGACCUGGAUGCCCCGUCCAAUGCCAACAUCCGCUAUCGCUUCGUUGGGGACACGGCCGCAUCCGCCAGGGCCGCGUUCGAGAUUGACCCCCGCUCUGGGCUGAUAACCACACGAGGUGUGGUCGACCGGGAGACCAAUGAGCGCUACACCCUCCACGUGGAGGCUAACGACCAGGGAAAGGAGCCCGGUCCAGCCUCGGCCACAGUUAAGGUCUUCAUCACAGUGCUGGAUGAGAACGACAAUGUCCCCCAGUUCAGCGAGAAGCGCUACGUGGUGGCGGUCAGGGAGGACGUCCGGCCCCACUCAGAGAUCCUGAGGGUGAGCGCUACGGACCACGACAAGGACAGCAACGCGGCUGUCCACUACAACAUCAUCAGCGGGAACAGCCGGGGACAGUUCUCCAUCGACAGCGUGACGGGGGAGAUCCAGGUGGUGGCCCCUCUGGAUUUCGAGGCGGAGAGGGAGUACACUCUGAGGGUCCGGGCACAGGACAACGGACGACCACCCCUCUCCAACAACACGGGCAUCAUUAGCGUACAGGUGACUGACGUCAACGACAACCCGCCCAUCUUCGUGUCCACGCCGUUCCAGGCGUCAGUGCUGGAGAGCGCCCCGGUGGGCAGCUCUAUCCUCCACAUCCAGGCCAUCGACACCGACUCUGGGGACAACGCCCGUCUGGAGUACAGGCUGACCGGCACCAGCCCGGACACGCCUUUCCUCAUCAACUCCGCCACGGGCUGGGUGACAGUCAGCUCAGCCCUGGACCGGGAGUCUGUGGAGCAUUACUUCUUCGGGGUGGACGCCAGAGAUUACGGUUCUCCGCCGCUCUCGGCCACAGCCAGUGUGACCAUAACAGUGAUGGAUGUGAACGACAACAGGCCAGAGUUCCUUCAAAAAGAGUACUUUGUGAGGCUCAACGAGGACGCGGUCGUGGGUACCAGCGUGGUCAGUGUGACGGCGAUCGACCGUGACGUCAACAGUGCGGUCUCCUAUCAGAUCACCGGGGGCAACACGCGGAACCGCUUUGCCAUCAGCACAGCUGGGGGGUCGGGGAUGCUUUCCCUGGCACUGCCCCUUGACUACAAGCAGGAGCGUCGCUACGUACUGACCGUCACCGCGUCCGACCGUACUCUACACGACACGUGCCAGGUCCACGUCAACAUCACCGAUGCCAACACUCACCGGCCCGUGUUCCAGAGCGCCCACUACUCUGUGACAGUGAACGAGGACCGCCCACCAGGCAGCACUGUCGUGGUCAUCAGUGCGACGGAUGAUGACGUCGGUGAGAACGCUCGCAUCACUUACUUCCUGGAGGACAACAUCCCCCAGUUCCGGAUUGACCCGUCCGGUGGUGCCAUAACCCUUCAGGCCGAACUAGACUACGAAGACCAGAUGACCUACACGCUGGCCAUUACUGCCCGGGACAACGGGAUCCCACAGAAGUCUGACACCACCUACGUGGAGGUGAAUGUUAACGACGUGAACGACAAUGCCCCCCAGUUCCUCAGCCCCAGGUACCAGGGCACAGUCAGUGAAGACGCCCCCCCCUUCACCAGCGUCCUUCAGAUAUCUGCCACUGACAGAGACGCCCACGCCAACGGCCGCGUCCAGUACACCUUCCAGAACGGAGAGGACGGCGACGGAGACUUCACCAUCGAGCCCACGUCGGGCAUCGUGCGUACAGUCCGCCGUUUAGACCGCGAGAGCGUUCCCUUCUACGAGCUCACGGCGUACGCCGUGGAUCGCGGCGUGCCUCCGCAGCGGACGCCAGUCCACAUCCAGGUGACCGUUCUCGAUGUCAACGACAACGCGCCCGUGUUCCCCGCCGAUGACUUCGAGGUUCUAGUGAAGGAGAACAGCGCUGUGGGGUCGGUGGUGGCCCAGAUAACAGCCACGGAUCCAGACGAAGGGGCCAAUGCCCAGAUCAUGUAUCAGAUUGUAGAAGGAAAUAUCCCUGAGAUAUUCCAGAUGGACAUCUUCUCCGGGGAGCUCACCUCCCUCAUCGACUUGGACUACGAGGCGCGGCCCGAGUAUGUGAUUGUGGUCCAGGCCACCUCUGCCCCCCUGGUUAGCCGGGCCACGGUGCGCAUCCGACUUGUGGACCAGAACGACAACCGGCCCCAGCUUCAGGAGUUCCAGAUCAUCUUCAACAACUUUGUGUCCAACCGCUCCAACAGUUUCCCCAGCGGGGUGAUAGGCAGGGUGCCGGCCCAUGAUCCUGAUGUAUCAGACCGCCUCUACUACACCAUUGACCAGGGCAACGAGCUGCACCUCCUUCUGCUCAACCACAGCAGCGGGGAGAUCCGACUGAGCCAGAAGCUGGACAACAACAGAGCCUUGGUGGCCCCCAUGCUCGUCACUGUCACAGACGGGGUCCACAGUAUUUCGGCCAAGUGCGUCCUUCGAGUGCUCAUCAUCACGGAGGACAUGUUGAGCAGCAGCGUGACGGUGCGCCUCCAAAAUAUGUCCCAGGAGCACUUCCUGUCCCCCCUGCUGCGUCACUUCCUGGAAGGGGUGUCGGCAGUGCUGUCAAUUCCACUGGAGGACGUGUUCGUAUUCAACAUCCAGCCAGACGGCGAGGCGGGCGGCAUCCUGAACGUCAGUUUCACUGCUGCCUUGCCCGGUGGUCACUUCUUCCCCUCCGAGGCCCUAGAAGAGCAACUUUACCUGAACCGGCCAAGACUCACCUCUCUGGCACAGAUGGAGGUUCUCCCGUUCGAUGAUAACGUUUGCCUCCGCGAGCCGUGCCAGAACUACAUGAAGUGCAUCUCGGUGCUCCGCUUCAACAGCUCAGCCCCCUUCAUCUCAUCGCAGUCCAUCCUGUUCCGGCCCAUCCACCCCAUCGCCGGGCUGCGCUGCCGGUGCCCGGCCGGCUUCACCGGGGACUACUGUGAGACGGAGAUCAACCUGUGCUACUCCAACCCCUGCCUGAAUGAUGGGGUGUGCGCCCACAGGGAGGGGGGCUACACAUGUAUCUGCAGGGACGACUACACAGGCGACCGCUGUGAGUGGGACAGGCGUCAGGGUCGCUGCGUCCCCGGGGUGUGUAGGAAUGGGGGGACGUGCAGGGAGCUGUCUGGAGGUGGCUUCCGCUGUGAGUGCCCCGCUGGGGGAUACGAGCGCCCCUACUGUGCAGUCACUUCACGUUCAUUCCCCCCAAAGUCCUUCAUCAUGUUCCGAGGCCUCCGCCAGAGAUUCCACCUGUCCGUCUCCCUCACCUUUGCCACCCUGGAGAACAGUGGCCUCCUCUUCUACAAUGGACGCUUCAACGAGAAACAUGACUUCCUGGCUCUGGAGAUCUUAGAGGGACAGGUGGUGCUGAAGUACUCCACAGGUGAAUCAUCCACUCAGGUCAGCCCCUUCCUGCCUGGCGGUGUUGCCGAUGGCAACUGGCACACAGUUCACAUCCAUUACUACAACAAGCCUUCGCGCAUUCCCAAGCGCAGUAUGAACGGGGAGGCCCAGGGUCCGUCUGAUGAGAAGGUGGCUGUGGUGAGUGUGGACGACUGUGACACAGCGGUAUCUCUACGCUUCGGUACGCAGCUCGGGAACUACAGCUGUGCCGCCCAGGGCAAGCAGACAAGCUCUAAGAAAUCUCUGGAUCUCACUGGCCCUUUGUUUUUGGGCGGCGUGCCAAACACGCCCGAUAAUUUUCCGUUCCAAACCCGAGAAUUUAUCGGCUGCAUGAAAGACCUCCACAUCGACAACAGGCCUUUGGAUCUGGCUGGAUACAUAGCUAACAAUGGAACCCUACCUGGCUGCAGUGCAAAGCUGCCUUACUGCAAAUCCAACCCGUGUCAGAAUGGAGGUACGUGUCGUGUCAGCUGGGAGACCUUCUCAUGUGACUGCCCCAUAGGAUAUGGAGGGAAGGACUGCAGUCACGUAAUGCCCCAUCCGCAUCGCUUCCUGGGUAACAGCGCACUGUGGUGGGACCUGAAGAACGAAGUGACCAUCUCCACACCCUGGUACCUGGGCCUGGUGUUCAGGACGCGAGCCAGGGAUGGCACUCUGCUCCAGGCACAGGCCGGACAGUACACCAGCCUGUUGUUCCAGCUGGUGAGCGGACAGCUGGUGUUCUCGGUGACGAAGGGGUCAACACGGCCGGUGCGCCUGCGCCUGGACCAGGUGCAAGUGAGCGACGGCCGCUGGCACGACCUGCAGCUGGAGCUUCGAGACGUCCGCAGUGGCAGGGAGACGCACUACGUGGCAACGGUCCGCCUUGACUUCGGCCUCUUCCAGGGCACAGUGAUAGUGGGGAAUGAGAUCCACGGGCUGCAGGUGAAGCACCUCCAUGUGGGUGGAGUCCUGGGUUCAGGGGAGGUGCAGAAUGGAAUAAGGGGAUGCAUCCAGGGGGUUCGCUUGGGAGUGCGACCGGACGCCCCGCCCCUCCCCCGUCCGUCCAGAGCGGUCAAAGUGGAGACGGGCUGUAGCGUUGGCAAUCCUUGUGUCUCCUCGCCCUGCUCCCCGCACAGCCUCUGUAGCGACGACUGGGAACGCCACGCGUGUCUUUGUGAACCAGGUUUCUAUGGUAAAGGCUGCACAGAUGCGUGCCAGCUUAAUCCAUGUGAGAACAACGCCCAGUGCCACAGGAAGCCUAGCUCUUCCCAUGGAUACAUUUGUGAUUGUGGAGACAACCACUACGGCCAGUACUGUCAACACAGGAUCGACAACCAGUGUCCGCGUGGCUGGUGGGGUUCUCCAACAUGUGGGCCCUGCCACUGUGACGUAAGAAAAGGAUUUGACCCCGACUGCAACAAGACCAGUGGUCAGUGCCGCUGCAAGGAGUUCCACUACCGCCCGCGGGGCAGUGACUCCUGCCUUCCGUGUGACUGCUACCCAAUGGGCUCCUUCUCCCGGUCAUGUGACGCAGAGAGUGGCCAGUGCCAGUGUCGGUCUGGUGUGAUUGGUCGACAGUGCAACACAUGCGACAGCCCCUUUGCUGAGGUCACGCAGACAGGCUGCCAGGUCAUCUAUGAUGGCUGUCCAAAGACUAUCACCCUUGGGAUCUGGUGGCCAAGGACCAAGUUCAACCUACCAGCAGCGGUGCCCUGUCCUAAAGGAUCUGUGGGUGCUGCUAUCAGACACUGUGAUGUGGAAAGGGGCUGGUUGGAGCCUGACCUCUACAACUGUACCUCCCCUCCCUUUGUGGAGCUUAACGCAGCGCUAGAGUCAGUGGAGCGGAAUGAGACGGAGCUCAGCCCCAUCAUCGAGAAGAAACUAGCCCACCAGCUACGUGAUGUCACAGAGGCCACGCCCCGUCUCUAUGGCAAUGACCUCCAGAUUGCCGAACGUCUACUGUCCCGCUUGUUGACCUUUGAAAGUCUGCAGACGGGCUUCGGAUUGACCGCCACCCAGGACGCACACUUCAAUGAGAACAUUCUGCGAGGCUGCAGUGCGUUGCUAGGCCCAGGCAGUGCAGGCUUAUGGCGGGCCCAGAGCCAGGCCCAGGGAGGGGCAGGGGGGCUGGCUGACCUCCUGGAGCAGUACGCCCAGACCCUGGCUCAGAACAUGAAGCUCACCUACUUGAACCCUGUGGCUCUGGUAGCCCCCAACAUUGUUAUGAACCUGGAUCGUCUGGAGAACCACACCCAUGUCCGCAGACGUUUCCCUCGCUACCACAGCCCUCUGUUUCGUGGUCAGGCUCUCUGGGACCCCCACACACAUGUGGUACUGCCCCCUGCUGCCCUGGUGCCACAACGACACCAAUUUGCAGCUUCACAGAAUACAGCUCCUGCCCCCGUCAAUAUUUUGGCCAAUCAGACAGGAGAAUAUGCUGCAGCCAGGAGUUCUGUUUCGCUGCUGGAGCCACCUGUCACCAUUGUCAUUAUGUUGAUCUAUCGUAGCCUUGGAGCGGCACUCCCACCUAAAUACCAUACCGACCGACGAGGAGUCCGACUCCCUAGGCAUCCGGUCAUGAACUCUCCAGUAGUCAGUGUGUCUGUCUAUAACAACCAGACGUUUGUGGGGAGCCCACUGGACUCUCCCCUGCUGCUGGAGUUCCGCCUGCUGAAGACCACCAACCGUAGCAAGCCACUGUGUGUCCAGUGGAACCACAGUAGUCCGUUGGAGGUGGGAGGUUGCUGGACAGUGAGGGACUGCAUGGUGGUGUACAGGAACGUGUCCCAUGUGCGUUGCCAGUGUCAGAGGCUGGGCACCUUCGGUGUCCUGAUGGACAGCUCCCAGAGGGAGCAGCUGGAGGGCGACCUGGAGACACUGGCCCUGGUCACCUACUGCUGCCUGUCUGUGUCCAUGCUGGCCCUGCUGGUGACCGUCCUGGUGCUGUCCUGCCUUCGCGGCCUGAAGUCCAACACACGCUCCAUUCACUCCAACACAGCUGCAGCCACACUGCUCUCAGAGUUUGUCUUCCUGCUCGGCAUCAACCAGACAGAACAGCAGUUCAUGUGUACGGUGGUGGCCAUCUUGCUGCACUAUUUCUUCAUGGCCACGUUUGCCUGGCUGUUCGUGGAAGGGCUACACAUUUACCGCAUGCAAACAGAGGCGCGUAACAUCAACUACGGCGCGAUGAGGUUCUACUACGCCAUCGGUUGGGGCGUGCCCGCCAUCAUCACAGGGUUGGCGGUGGGACUGGACCCUGAAGGCUACGGGAACCCAGACUUCUGCUGGAUCUCCAUCUACGACAAACUCAUCUGGAGCUUCGCCGGACCCAUUGCCAUUGUCGUCCUGAUGAACGGUGGGAUGUUUCUGAUUGUGGCGCGCAUGUCCUGCAACCCCUCCCAGAAAGAGACCAAGAAACUACCUGUCAUUGCCACCAUCCGCAGUGCCUUCCUCCUCCUUCUCCUGGCCUCUUCCUCCUGGUUAUUUGGCCUUAUGGCUGUCAACAACAGCAUCCUAGCCUUCCACUAUAUCUUCAUAGUACUGUGCUUACUGCAGGGUCUGGUAGUGUUGCUGGUGUUCACAGUGCUGAACUCUGAAGUGCAGGAGGUCUGGAAGUUGACGUGUCUUGGAAAGAAGAGCCCCAACGAGGACGUACCCAGAGCCCCACAGAUCCCUGGUCAGAACCCCUACAACAAUGCGUCAUUGCUGGAACAGAGCGGACUGCACCGCAUCACCCUUGGAGCCUCCACCAUCUCCUCUGUCAGCAGUGCUAGGGAAAACCUGCUGGCCCGCCAGACCAUGGAACACAAUCUGGGACACACUGGAGCCACAGACCUGGACGUGGCCAUGUUUCACAGAGAUGGAGGUGAGGAUUCAGACUCUGACUCUGACCUCUCUCUGGAAGAGGAGCGUAGUCUAUCCAUCCCCUCCUCCGAGAGUGAGGACAACGUUCGUCUCCGUGGACGCAUACAGCGACGCUUCAAACGAACCAAUCACAGCGAGCGGCUACUCACAGAGCCCGCCGACAAUGGCACCAAAGACUUGGAUGGCAAUGACCUACUCUCCUACUGGCCAGCACUGGAGGAGUGCGAGGUCCACUCCCUGCAGAAGUGGGGCUCAGAGCGCCGCCUAGGGGCCGACUAUAGCAAGGACGCUGCCAACAACAACCAGGCCGACGCAGCACUCACCAGUGGGGACGAGAACGGCCUGACAGGACAGCCCAACCGCCACCGCAAAGGCAUCUUGAAGAACAGACUUGGCUGUCCCCCGGCCCUGCAGGGUCUCUCCACCAUGAACCGGGCCCCCAGUGAGCUCUCCUGGUACCGCACCUCCACCCUGGGCCACAGGGGCGUCCCGGCAGCCUCCUAUGGCCGCAUGUACUCUGGGACAGGCUCCCUGUCUGGCACAGGCUCAUUGUCGCAGCCAGCCUCCCGCUACUCCUCCAGGGAGCACCUGGACUCCCUAGCCCGCCGCCAGCUCUCCAGAGACCCCCUGGGCCGCCAGGCUGGCGGAGGAUCCCAGAACCGCCUGGACCGCCAGGGCUCCCGGGAUAACCUGGACCUCCUGCCCCGUCGCCGCGAGCCGGGCCUGGACAGGGCCUCCAGGGAGAACCUGAGCAGCUCCAGAGACAGGCUGGACAUGCUGCAACACAGUGCCCACGCCUCCAGGGAGGACCUGAGCGGGAAUGGUGGCACGGAGCUCAGCCUGGGCGGGUCGCGCUCCCAGCUCAACACCCUGACGCGGCGCCAGUCCUCUUCCCGCGAACACCUGGGAGGGGCUCUGAUGAGCAGCCGGUUCCGCGAGCAGCUGGAGGCCAAUGGGGGCACUGGGUUGGCCCAGACCCAGCCCUGCAGGGAGUGGCUUCGAACCCUGCCGCCGCGCCAGCCCUCACACCCCGACCAGCCUGCACCCUCGUCCCCUCCGCCCCCCAUCAGCGAGGAACCCACAGAGACCUCCCUCCCCCGCCGAGGCCGCCUGGACUCCGCGCCCCUGUGUAGGUACCCUCUCCCUGCCCCCGGCGCCCCUCCCAGCCGCCACCCAUCCAGCGAGCACCUGGACAUCCUGUCCUCUAUCUUGGCCUCCUUCAGCUCCUCCGUGCUCACCCCCCCGGCCCCCAACUCUGCACAGGGACCCUCCCCCUCCCCGCCCCACUCUGCUACCUCCCACAGCAUCUCGGAGGUGUCCCCAGACUCUGAAGUCAACAGAAGUGAAGGACAGUCUUGAUGACACCCUCCGUAUCCCACAAUGCAUUCUGUCUCUAUCAGGGUUACCAAGGACUGCACGGGGACAGGGUAGAGAUCAAGGACCCGCUGGACUGCUGAAGCACUCUGGGAUACCGGAGGAUCUAUACGUCUUGAAGAGACAGGGAGAUGUAGUUUGGAGGUGCUGGGUUAGCUCUGUCGUUGAGAACUUUCGAACAAGAUCCGGUAUGAGGAGGAGGGCUACAUGAUUGAAACAGAACGGUGGCAACGUCAAUCACUACUGUUAAACAAACAUCAAGCCUCAGAUUUAGAUAUGAACACAAAGAUCAGAAUCGUUCCGCUAAGAAAAUGAUGUACCUGUAAAUAACAUUUUUAUACAUUUUGUAUCUUUUUCAUCAGAGAUGAAGGAAAGAAAUCUCUUGUGAUGUUUUUGAAGAUUGUGUCCAUGUGAGGUUGUGAGCGAGUAGUGAAUGGAGUCUGUUGCUAGGGGUGAUAGCCCUAAAUCAAUCCCAAAUUCCACUACUAUUAUCCCGAAACCUUUCCUCAAACCCAUCAACUAUAUGUGUAAAAUUAGGGACCAGUGUCAGUUAAUGUUGACUGGAUGAGAUCUGAGACGUGAUCGGAUGAGAAAGGUGUUGGGUGGAUGAUUGUAAAUAAGAAGUUCUAGGAAAGAGGGUUUUGAUGGAACAAAUGAUUGUGAACAUGAAGAAAAGCGUAAAUACUAUGACAAUUGAUGAUGUCUUCAUUUUUUAGUUGGUCUCGAUACUGUUUAGAUGGAGGCGUUCUGUGAAUCCAACAAAAGACCCACUGCAUUUGAAUGUUGGUCAUCUAUUCCACAGCAUCAGAUACCUCUCUCUGGGCUACAUUAUAUCACAAACAAAACAUAUCAGGUAAAAGCAUGAUAACAGACAGUAAUGAUUUCUCUGCCUGAGGAUAUUUGACCUAUUCUAGUGUAACAAAAAAGGGGCAGGUAUCCCAGGGGUUGAGGGGGUAUGAAAAGAUAGAGACCAUCUUUAUGUUUCCACUAAAAGCCCUAAAGUGGUAUUAAAUAUAGGCUCUGAGAACAAGGCAGAUCAGACAGGAAGAGAACUGGGUGUUGAGUCACCCGGAACAUUGUUUGUUCCAGGACCAUAAAGGAGAGAACAAACAGUACCAGAUAAGAGAAAGGAAAAAAAAUGGGUCAAAAGGAGAAAUGUGUGAAGACCGCAGCAGCAAAUGGGAGCGCUGUUGCUCAUUAUUCGACAGAAGAGAUGGAAAUAGUUUUUCACACCGCUAGUUUCCAAAUCUGUUUUCAACAACCUGCUGUAAUAUCUGUUCAUGUCCUUGGGUUGUGGUAAGUGAAUAUAAAUGUGACAGUAUUAUUGCCAAAAAUCUCUCCUGGGUCCCCUAUGUCCAUCCCAGUAUAUUCUAGCUAUGUUCAACUGCUCCAGUUCUUUUGCUACUGGACAGUUCUUUUUUUACAUGAUUUAUUAUUGCAGUACCUUUAACUUGUACAGACAUAAGAUUUAUUUUAUUUAUUACUAUUUAUCAUAUUCCUUUAUCAUUUUAUGCGAGAGGAUGUUAUUUAAAAGCAAGUAUGGAGCAGUAUUUGUUAAAAUGUAUUAUUAUUUUUUACAAGUUUAAAGUUUCCUAUGGCCUGACUCUCCCACUGUGACUAAAUACAUUGAUUUACAAAGUGUGUGAGGGGAGAGUGAGAAGGGAAGAUAUUCAAGUGUGUUGAAGGAGGGGGAGAGGGAUGGGGAACUGUCUCCGUUUGUUGGUUUAUUCUGGGGUAUGUGACAUCCCGGCAUGGGGGAAUUUCAAACAGCUCCUCCUCAGUUACUACAGAAACCAUACUAAGAGAAAUGUUGGACAUUAAAAAAAAGAACUAUUCCUAACACGAUG